UAUUCACAAAACCUUGAAGCAUAGUCUUGGGUUUUUCGGACACCAACAUACUCACCUCAUGGCUGCCUUCUGCCUCUAUAGUGCAUACACGGUGGGAUCCACUGCCCUCAGCUGGUCUUGGAGGUUGUUCAAGACUUUCCUGAGACCUGGCAGAAACUUGUUCAAGAGGUAUCAAGGAGGAUAUGUGUUAGUCACCUUAGCCACAUUUGGCCUUGGUCUCGAAUAUGCCAUGCAGUUUGCAGCCAAGGGCUUCAACUUGGUCUUGGUCGCCAGAAACCAAGAAAAGUUGGAUGCUGUAAAGAGAAAGUUCAAAGAAGAGUUUGGAGACAUUGACAUUAAGUUAAUUGUGUUUGACUUUGACAAACCUUACACUGCUGAGGGCUACCAACCUCUCAAGGAUGCACUUGAUCAAAUUGAAGAUAUAUCUGUCCUAAUCAACAAUGUGGGUGUAUUUAAAGCAGAUUACUUUAAGGAACUUGAUUUCUGAAUGAUCAAAACAAUACUCAAAGUCAACCUUGUACCUCAGACAAUUAUGACAAAGCUUUUGCUUGCUAAACUUCUUGAAAGAUCAAAGAAACAGGGUAAAAGGACUGCUAAACCUAAAUAGUUGAAACGUGAAGCUCAGCUAGUACUUAGUUAUUAUUAAUAUCAGCUCAAUCAUUCGUUACACUCGUCGAAAAUGAUAAUCUGUUUGAUCAGCUACAAAGUCGUUUAGUAAGACUCUUUCAGAUGUGUUAAGAAAAAGAGUAUGGGAAGUACAUUGACAUCAUGGCUGUGCUCCCAGGAAUCACUAAUACUCAUAUGGUCAACAUAAAUGCUCCUUUCGUCCUUCAGCCAGAACAACAUGUAAGAUUAUCUUAAAACAGAUUAAUUUCAAACUCAUUCAAACCUUUACUUUAUAGGUAAGAUGGACCCUUAGUGAUCUUGGAUACAACAGCCAGACCUUUGGCCACUAUGAGCAUUGGAUUUAUUGAAACGCCAACAGACUCCCUGGCUUUGAUACAUUUUAUACAAGAUUAAGACUGAGAUUACUUGCU